UUGUGCUUGUUGUAAUGACGCAUGUUUCAGUUAGUUUCGACUAAUUGCGAGUUUCAUUCCAUCAUCUCGCCCGGCCCCAGCGACUAAUCAUUGCGUUUUUUAUCCGUCGGUAUUUGUUGCGGGUAAUUUCGAAGAUAACGACCGCAUUCACGUUAAAAGGGGCCACUUUCUUCCCGGUUUUAUUGCGAAGUCAGAAACGUGAUUAUGCCCAGAUCGGUUGACUAUAAAUGCCAAAUCCACCAAAGCUCGGGCUCCAGUUAGCCGUUUGAAAGCAACCGCGAUGGCUAGGAUAACGCUUCUAACCAUUUCGAUGCUACUAGUGGUGAACAGCAGUUUUGUGUGGUCAGCUGCAGUUAUCGCGUCUUGCAGCAAUUCUUGUGGUCCCGCUCCAGCAGUCAAAAUUCAGGACGGUUGCCUCUGUGGAACCCGGAUGAACGGGUUGGAUAAGGGCCCAUUCGAAGCAUUUUUGGGUAUCCCCUUUGCCAAGCCUCCGGUUGGUGCGCUACGAUUUGCGAAUCCAGUUCGCAACGAUCCGUGGUCCGGUGUUUACAACGCCAGCUUCCCGAGGAAUAUGUGCCUUCAGAAAAAUGAUUUCCUACCCGGGGCAACCGUUCAGGGCACCGAAGAUUGUCUCUAUUUGAAUGUGUACCGACCAGGGAGCAUCGAACGCACCCUUCCUGUGAUGGUAUUCAUCCACGGAGGAGGCUACAUCGCUGGAUCCGCACAUCCUGCCCUGGCGGGGCCGGAAAAAUUCAUGGACACUCGGAAGGUCGUUCUCGUUACGCUUCAGUACCGGCUGGGAGCAUUGGGAUUCCUUUCAACCGGUGACAAGGCAGCUCCUGGCAAUUUUGGACUCAAAGAUCAGUCAAUGGCACUUCGAUGGGUCCAGGAAAAUAUCCGACAGUUUAAGGGGCGUCCCGAUCAGGUGACCAUUUUUGGCCAAAGCUCUGGGGCCAGUUCCUGCCAACUGCACAUGAUGAGCAACCUGAGCAAGAAUCUUUUCUCGAAAGCCAUUCUGCAAAGUGGCAGUGCCCUUUCAUAUUGGAAUCAGCCAUACGGGGAUCCACUGGAACUCGCCAGAAAACAGGUGGUGGCUGUGGGAAUUUCCAGUGCGAGAGUGGCGCGAAUGAGCACGGUUCAACUGGUAGAAGUGUUGCGUGAUGUGAACGCUAACCUUCUGGUUUCUAGUGUAGACAAAUUGAAAGUUUUGGGUGUUCAACCUGUCAUCCUCUACCGACCGGUGGUGGAGAGUUUCGUGAAUGAGAGUACCUUCCUCAGUGACAACCCUAAGGUACUCUGGGCUAAGGGACGGUAUCACAAAGUGCCAUGGAUGACCGGAUUUCUUCCGAACGAAGGCGCUGCCUUCUCGUUAGGUAUCCUUUCAAACUCAACCUUUCUGGAGGCACUUAUUGAGAACGCCGCAACGUACGUCCCAAUGAUGGCUGCCCAACCGGCAUCGGUAGCAUCUCUCCUCAACAGGAGAUUCUUUGGAGGUGUGCCAAUCAACAGCACGAAUGCCGAUGGGUUGUCUAAGAUGAUAACAGAAUCGGCCUUUGUGUAUCCCAUGAUGAACAGCGUUCAACAGCACUUGGCCAACGGUUAUAACGAUCGCGCUCCCGUGGCUUUGUACUAUUUCAACUUCAAAGGAAGAUAUUCAUACGCGGUGCUCUAUACUGGCAAACCACCAACCAAAGACUAUGGGGUCUGUCACGGUGAUGACCUGCUGUAUUUAUUCGCACAGCCAGUGAUUUUCCCUGAUUUUUCUCGCGACUCACCCGAAGCGGAGAUGAGCCGAGAUUUGGUGCACAUGUUUACUCGCUUCGCAAUUAAGGGGAACCAGGAUCUAGUGGGUAAAGCCCUUGAGAGGUGUAAUUGUCACACCGCAGUCAAUGACUCUCUGAAAUUGCCCACAAUUGUCGAGUUCACCAACUCCGACAACAGCUACGAUUUGGUCAAAACUGAUUACGUACACGAAGGUGACGCGGUGUCGAAUGCACUGAAAAAUAUAUUAUCGUGGUGGUCGAACUUAGAGAAAUCGGUGGGUAGCGCCGCUUAACCCCAGAGCUCUUUGAGAAUAGGGAUAGUUCCAUAUCAAUAAACAAAAUAUGUAUUUUAAUUCUAUAAACUUUACAAUUUUUUUAUAAUCAGAAGAGCGUAAUUUUUUUAAUUCAUCCAAAUCAUUCCUAGGCAGAGCUAAUUUCAUGCGUUCUGAUUUCAUCUGAACCCUGCUUUAGGUAAGGAAAAUUCCCGCUACCUGGAAAACCUAAAAUAGCUUGACGUUAGAAAAGGUUAUUCAUCGCAAAUCAUCCAAGAAGUAGGGCGACGUUUGGUGCGCGGAAUUACGGCCGCCGCCGCCAAUAACCGUAUCCGUUUCCAUCGUGUCGAUUUGGUGAUAUCGCUCUCAAAAAUCUCCCCGGGUGUACUCCCCUCCAGCGAUCGACCAAUUUAUGCGCUAAUGACAAACCGAGAAGGAUUUCCUCGAAAAUUGGAUUGGAUUCGUCGACGCUGGUGCGCGUUAUCUACGCGGCUGGCGUUGCCGUCGGUUGACCCAUAAUUGAUACAAUGUUUGUUUUCCCACGGUCGUUCGAUAACAUCACAGUUGUACUUUGACAUGGGAAGUUGUUUUUGUGCGUCCCCCUAGGGCAGAAUGCAAAUAGCAACAGUAGAAACUGAUCAAAAAUGCAAUCAAUAAAAACACGCACACAAUCGCAUUGGGAUGAAGAUGAAUUCGGAUGGACAACGCCGCAACCAUCCAUGUUUACAUUGUUGGACAAAUGUUAUGUCAACAAUUUCGAGAAUUGGAGAUGAAUAGAGUUGAUGGCCGGAAGGAAUCCGGCUGCAACAACAUCCAAUCAGGACUGAGCUGGAUGGAUCCAAGCUGCAAGGAAGCGGGCUCCUGAUGCUGAUG